AUGUCCAGCGUUACGGCCCCCAAGCGACGCCCUUCGAAGCUAUUUCCCCCAGGCUACGGCGACAUCAAGCUCAUUACGAGCGACGACAUCGUCUUUAGCUUCCCUCGCUAUCUCCUUUCACAUUGCUCCUCGGUGUUCAUGGACAUGCUUGCCCUCGGGGAAUCGGACCAGGAGAAUCCGGAGGUCACCGUGACUGAGGACUCCACCACAAUGGAUGCAGUUCUACGUUUCCUGGAUCCAGAAAAGGACAUUCUUCCUCUCAACCCACAUUCUGCACCCAAGAUUCUCGAGGCUGCUCACAAAUAUCAACUACCUCGGAUUAUGAAGUGGUGGGCGCAAGAGGUCACAGCAGGACCGGAGCUAGAGAACCCAAUGCAGUGCCUUGCACUCGCAGAGCUGUAUGGGAUUAGGGGUGUAGCAAAGCUCGCAUUACGAGCUCUCGUAAUCGCACCAGUGGCGGAGUUGGAGAUCAACCUCUCAUUUCUCGGCAAAUCGUUCAGCGAGCUUAUAAAGCUCAGAUCAGAAAGAAUUGCCAAACUGCAUGAAGUGGCCAACGAGCUUGCGACGACCAUCGUCCACUCACUCCUGGCGUCGACCUUUAAUAUUCCGGAGCAGAAAAAGUCGGCGCCAGAAGUCUCGAUGUUGGCGAGAGCCGGGAGCAUUGUUUCCAAGCGCUUCUCCCAAUCUGCUUCUGGUCGACAAGAGGACAAGGCGCUCAAGGAGCACCUCUACCUGCAGGGUUCGUUGACGAACCUGACACAGUGGACGACAAAUUUGAUGGCAUCAAUCUCUGUGGAACCGAGUUGGAAGGCGAUCCUGCGAGAGAUUUGUCUCUUGGAGGCAUAUAGUCUUGACAAACACCUCAGUCGAACGACGGUGCGCCAGCUCGCAAACCGUGUAGCCAAGUUAGAGAAUGUUUAA